GAGUUUCUGGGAACGAGAAUAUCACAUAUAUUCGAUGUAAUAGAAUUACUUAACAUUCUAAAAAAAGAAUGGCUGUUAAAUGUUCAUGAUCUUUUCGAAUCCGGAUAGAUAUUAAUUACAAAAGAUAUAAUUUUGAAUCUCGAUUUUGUAGGUGGUUUGAAAGAGGUUAAAAAGACAGGCGAUGAAUUCGUUGUGCGUUAUUGAUCCGAAAUCCAUGGAAGCCGGCUGAAAACAUUCUCCAGACAAGUCAAUAAUUUGAAAAAAAUUGCGAUGCAUUUCGUUUCUUUUAAAUUUCGAUAGAGUUUUAGAUCAUGGUUGUUUAUUUAAAAACUAUUCUAUGGUUUUUAUGCAUCGUAUUAUGCUGCGUAUAUUCUCAAGUUCCACCGAAGUUAGCCCCUCUUCCUAAGGAAUUAGAGUUCAAGCGAGGAGAACGCUUCCAAUUGGUGUGUUCUUGCAGAGAAGGUGAACCCCCCCUCUCCUUCAGUUGGGUCAGGGAUGGUCAGACACUGGUUGAGAGUAUGGAGGUAUCGGUGAGACGAUUCGAUGAAUUCUCAUCCUCUAUAACCAUAACUGCACUGAGGGAUGAUCAUUCUGGAAAUUAUACUUGCAUAGUCAGCAAUCAAGGUGGAAGUGACAGCUCAACAGUCAAGCUUAGAGUUUUAGUUCCUCCAACGUGGCUGAGACAACCUUAUGACAUGUCUGUUCUUUCUGGUGCAAGAGUCUCACUCCACUGCGAAACUUCGGGCACUCCAAAACCAACAGUGACUUGGAGGAGAAGCAAAGGAUUCAACAUACAGCAGAUGGAAACGUUAGCAACAACUCAAUGGCGCAUAGGGGACGACGGCAGUUUAUCCAAGUCCACUAUCCAAAAAGGAGACGAGGGUUUUUACUCUUGCGAAGUGACCAACGGCGUCGGUGAAGGAUUGCGAAAAACAAUUCGCAUCGAAGUACAAGUUCCUCCUACUGUGAUAAUGUCGGAACACGAGAAGAGUGUGACAAAAGGUGAUCCUGUCAUUCUAAGGUGUGACAUCACUGGUGAUAUGCCUCUGACAAUCCACUGGGGAAAAGUUCACAGAAAUCUUCCCCUCAUCACUGAAGACAGAAUAAGAAUUCAAGAAGACGCAUCGGUUGAAAAUAGCAGUUCUAUGGUAAUCAUUCAAAAUACGGCAGCUGAAGAUACCGGUUUAUACAUAUGUACAGCCAGAAAUACAUAUGGACAGAGUCAAGCAACCCUCAGAUUAAGGGUUGUAGAGAUACCAAGCACUCCCUUGGAUUUUCAGGUUCUUGAAGUUUGGUGCAAAAGUAUGAGACUGAGAUGGAAACAACCCUACAAUGGAAACAGUCCUUUGAAAUAUUACAUUAUUCGCUAUAAACUGAAAGACUCUAAAGGGAAACCUACGGAGACGAAAGUGCCGGACUCUCAGAAUUCAGUGGUGAUCCGGGACUUUCGUCCAUCUACCACCUACAGUUUCCAGUUGCUGGCAGUGAAUGAAGUGGGAGCCAGCGGUGCCUCCUCCAUGAUACACGCAACCACGCGUGAGGAAGAACCGGAGGCUGCCCCUCAAAAUGUGCAUGUCAAAAGUAAAGAUUCUUCUGGUUUCCUCAUUUCUUGGAAAGCUCCCCCAGUGGACAAAUGGAAUGGUGACCUCACUGGUUUCUCCAUCGGCUACAAGAAAGUGUCUCAUGGUGCAACCCGCUCCCACCCAUUCACCUACAAGGUAUUACCUGUUGCCUUAUCUCUCUCCAACCCUGGUCUCGAAGCCUCUCUCACCAGGGAGUACCACAUACAAGGUCUUCAGGAAUCUUCCAGUUACACGGUCGUUGUACAGGCCAUGACAAGAGCAGGCAUUGGACCACCCUCUGAACAAGUUCUCGUCAAGACAUCCUAUAUUGAAUCUCCGCAAGUUCCCACAGUCAGCCUCCUUUUUACUGAACAAACAGUGAUAACACUCACCAUUGAAGAAUCGACGAAAACAACAGCUCCUCCAACUCAAUACAUGAUGCACAUCCGUGAAGGUAAUGGUCAUUGGAUUAAAAUUCCUCUCACUCCCAAUCAAACAGAAUACAAGGUGGGUGGUUUGAUUUCUGGUGGUCAGUACAAACUCUACGUGACAGCUCGAAAUGCCAAUGGAGACAGUGGACCUUCCGACGUUCUCACUUUCAGAACACACCAAGAAAACUCUUAUAAUGCGUCUAAUAAUUUGUCCAGGGACUGCAUCUUAUCAUUUCUUAAUGUUUUUCCAGAAGGUGUUGAGUCACGUGGCUUCCAGUACACUGUACCAGGAUCAUCCGCUCCACCUAGACCUCCUCAUCCCAGCAGUCAACCCUCCUCCUCAUCGGGUCAUUAUUCUACUCUACAGAAUUAUGGGAGUGUCAUACCACCCUGUGAUCCAAGGUUCAGUCAGUUUAUGAUUGACAACAAACUAGCAACACACAUAGUUAGCCUUCCCCCAAAGCCAACUGUUUGAGGAAGAGAGAGAUUGUAAAUAUGUAUCCAUCUGCAGAGAAUAUGUAUAUAAAUGUCUAUAACAUUCACAUACUAUGGAUGUUUUUAUUUUUAUCACAGAUCCUUAGAUGGAAAAGAAGUGUGAUAAUUAAAUAUAUUUUUUAAAAAAACAAAUCUAUCCACUUGAAUGGCUUUUUCUAUUUUUCAUUAAAUUGUUAUCUUGCAAUGAAACACAUUUCUUUAAUUUCGAGUAGGGUUGUAACGUCGUGGGAAGAGAUAUGCUUUUCCAAUGUAACUCUUUUAUUAUUACAGCGGUUGCCAAAAAGACACGGGGGUUCUGAGAGUUUAACCAGCUAUGUUUUUUGUAACUGUGCCAUGUACAGGGUAUAUGCCCACCUGGAAAGUCAUACAUUUUGGUAUUGAACAAAAUGUGUCACGAAAUGUUGUGAUUUUAACUA